GUCUUGAGGAGGGAUUUGGUGAAUCUCAGGUUCAGACUCUCAGAGCGUCGCGAGGACACAUGCUAACAUGCUAACCUGCUAACCUGCUAACCCGGGGAUAUUUACAACGGAAACGGUAGAAAGGAGUCCGGCCGCAGGGGCUGAUGGGAAACUGAGGAUAAAGUUUAUUAAAACUUGUGAGCAGUCUCACCUGUCUGCUAGCCGGCUAACGGCUAAGUGAGCUGCUAGCUGUUAGAAAGUUUGUGUGAGACGGACCCAUGGCGGGGGAAGGUGUGAGACAGGCCAGGAAUUAGACGGACCCAUGACGGUGGCUGAGGUGAGACAGGCCAGGAAUUAGACGGACCCAUGACGGUGGCUGAGGUGAGACAGGCCAGGAAUUAGACGGACCCAUGACGGUGGCUGGGGUGAGACACUCCCCGAUCCUGUCUGUCCUGUUCGGGAUGACAGAGGACUCCGAGGCGGGGGGGGCUCCGUUUAUUAAAGAGCGCCUGUACUUCGCCACGCUGCGCAGUAAACCCAGAAGCACGGCCAACACUCACUAUUUCUGCACCGACGACGAGUUUGUCUACGAGAAUUUCUACGCAGACUUUGGGCCUCUGAAUCUGGCCAUGUUGUACCGAUACUGCUGCAAACUCAACAAGAAGCUCAAGUCGUUCACUCUGGCCAGGAAGAGGAUCGUUCACUACACCGGCUUCGACCAGAGGAACAGGUCCAACGCUGCCGUGCUGAUUGGAGGCUACGCGGUGAUCUACCUGAAGAAAACUCCAGAAGAGGCUUACAGAGCUCUGACGUCUGGGUCCAACUCCUCCUACCUGCCCUUCAGGGACGCUUCCUUUGGGAAUUGCACCUUCAACCUCACGGUGCUCGACUGUCUGCAGGGCAUCAGGAAGGCUCUGCAGCAUGGCUUCUUUGACUUUGAGAUGUUUGACGUGGACGAGUACGAACACUACGAGCGAGUUGAGAACGGAGAUCUGAACUGGAUCGUCCCGGGGAAGUUUCUGGCCUUCAGUGGACCUCAUCCUAAAACUAAGAUAGAGAACGGUUACCCUCUUCACGCCCCCGAGGCGUAUUUCCCGUACUUUAGGAAACACAACGUUACCACCGUCGUCCGUCUGAACAAGAAGAUAUAUGACUCCAAACGCUUCACCGACGCCGGCUUCAACCACUACGACCUCUUUUUCUUAGACGGCAGCACGCCCAGUGACAUCAUCACACGCCGCUUCCUGCACAUCUGUGAGAGCAUGGACGGCGCUAUAGCAGUCCACUGCAAGGCCGGUCUGGGCAGGACGGGCUCUCUGAUUGGCUGUUACCUGAUGAAACACUACCGCUUCACGGCAGGUGAGGCCAUCGCCUGGAUCAGGGUGUGCAGGCCGGGAUCUGUGAUUGGACCACAGCAGAACUUCCUGGAGGAGAAGCAAGCGGCGCUCUGGUUGCUAGGUGACAGCCAGCGUUCCCAGAAGGCCAAGCUGGAGGAGAGAGCGGUGCAUCAUCUCAUCACCACCAUGGACGACCUCACACUAAACUCUGCCCACAACAGCAACAGUCUGCACGAGAGUGAGGCGGUGGACAGCGGACCGGUCCUGACUCAGGGAGACAAACUAAGAGCCUUGAAGAGCCGCCGUCUACCCCGACCCGCCACCACAGGAGCCCUCAGAGUGGAGGAGAUGAAGGUUCACAGCAGGUCGGCCUCUCAGCCGCUCAGAUGGUCAAUAGGUGGAGGUCAGGGCCCAUCCUCCCCCCUCAAGUCUUCCAAAUUUCCAGCAUCCUCUGCUUCUGCUGCCGCCAAGAGGAUCGGAAGAAGUCCGUCAGCAACGGCCUCCAACAUCAGGAGCUCUCGGUUGGCCAGCUCUCUGUCUGAUCUUUACGUUGAGGAAGACUCCUCCCCCUCCUCUCCUCUGACCCCGCCCUCUCUCUAUCGCUAUGGUAAUGGCCCUUGCGGCACGCAGCACGAGGUCAACAACAACAACAACAGUGGUCGGUACGGGGGCUCUGCGGUGCCCAGCGGCAGGCCGGGUCCUCAGGACUUCAGCCCCUCCAGGAGCCCGGGGCCCUACAGUGCCCUGAAAGCCCCGUCAGGACGCUACCUGAGCCGCUCCAUACCUUCUCUUCAGUCCGAGUACAUCCAGUACUAGAACUACAGAAUUCUCCUGAGGACACAUUACCCACAAUCCCCUGUGUUGGAUGCUCAGAGGGAAACUAUUAAAGCAGCAGUGAGUGAAGUUAACGAUAUGUAUGUUAGUGGUAUUUUAAACAUGAUGUAAAUAUGAUUGAUGAUCAUCUACAGACAUUUGAAGAAGAAGAUAUAUUUAGAUAAAGAAGUUUAUAGUUUUUUAUGAACUGAGGUCAGACGAACCUCCGGCAUCAUGCUGACAGUAUUUACUUCCUGUCUCUGACCAGUGGUCAACAGCAAUAAUAAUAAUGGUAGAAGAAGAACUCAGGAAAACUGUGUUUACUGACCAGAGGAAAUGUAGUAAAGGGGAGUUGCUCUGAUGUCAUGAACACGUGGUCAUCGAUGACCUCACAAUGGCCCAAUGCAUGAUGGGAAACGCCUGACCAGACAGCUGAUUCGCUCCCAGAUUUAACAACAAAGGCCACGUUAUUUUUCUGUGUAGUUGUAAUGUUUAACACGAGAUUGUUGUUCAUCAGAUUUCAUCUACAAACAUCUCUCGUGGUCCUUUAAAGACGUCAGUCACACGUCAGUGACAGGUCACGAGACACGUCAGUGACAGGUCACGAGACACGUCAGUCACACGUCACAAGACACAUCAGUGACAGGUCACGAGACACGUCAGUGACAGGUCACGAGACACGUCAGUGACAGG